AUGAUAAAACAAUUAAUUUCAUCAAUUAUUGAAUGUGAAAAGGCCUUGGAAAAUAUAAGAAUUGAAAUAAAUUAGCACUCCUUGUUUUCCUUGAAACCUAUAAUGGAGAGAUUAGAUUAACAAAAUAAAGGACAUAUUACUUCUUAUGAUAUUCUAUAAUUUUGCUCAGAUAACGAUAUCAUAUGCCAGCAUUAUGAAGCUUUUUUAUGUGUUAAAUAUUUUGACAUAAAUAAAGAUGGCAGAGUUACUUUUGAAGAGUAUAAGACCAUUAUUAUAUAGCUUAACUAUUUAAAUGCUAUCAAAAACUAAUCGAGAGAUAAGAUUUGUGGCUGCAGUCAGAGAACCUUAUUUUAUUGAAAAAUAAAUGUGUUUACCUGAAAUCAUAGAGACAGGGCUUUCUUACUACUUUGGUGAAUUACUAAUCUAUUUAAGGGAGUAAUUAGAAAUUAAAAUGAUCUUAGAAAAAGAGAAUUUUAAUUACUUUAAGCUCUUUUAAUAAUUAGAUAAGAGUAAUAAUGGAGUCAUUCACAUGAAUGAUUUUCAAAAAUAUUUUAAUUUAACUUAAGAUGAUACAAAUUAUUUUUUUAUGAUGGGCAAUCAUAAUGAUACUAUAGAUUAAAUUAAUUUACUUGAUAUAUUUGUAAUAACUCAUUUGAAAACUGAAAAUAUUAAACAAGAAAAAAUCUUAUCACCGUUAAAAUAAAAUAAUUUUCAGUAAUGCAUUUAUGAAAAUGAUGAUUAGUUUGAAUCUCCUGAAUAGAGAUCAACAGUUAAAUAUAAAAAGGCUUAACUUAAACUUUUAAAUAGUGAAUAAACUCAUAGUAAUGCCAGCAGUGUUUUUGUCGAUGAAUUAACCAAAAAAUUAUAGGAUAUUACUUUUACUCCUAAAUCUAAUGAUACAUUUUAAAUAGAAUUAAUAAAUUUUGAUAAAAUUGCUUAUCAAUAAUUAUAUCAGUUGCUUUUAAAAUGUAAACUUUUGUUGAAAACACAAUAAAAAUUAAUUCAAAGAUUUGAUUUUUGUUGUAAUUCUAUUUUCAGAUUAUUUGAUUAAGAUAAUAAAGAAUUUAUAACAGAAUAAGACUUCUAUUCAGGUUUUAGAAGAUUAAGAAUCUAAAUUAAAGGCUUAGUAAGAGACUUAGUGUUAAAUUAUGGUUAGGAUUCUAAAAUAAAUUAUUAAUAAUUUAAGAAGCUUAUUUAGUUUGAAAAUCAGUUAGAUUUAAAUGAAAAAUCUUAAUCCAAUACCUAAGUAUUUAGUAAUGUCACAAUUGAUUAUAUUAGAUAAUUAUUUUAAGAAUAGAUUGAAGUAGAAUCAUUUAAAAAAGCUUAUAUUUAAAAUUUAUUAAAAAAAGUAUAAAGCAAUCAUGAAAAUCCAAAUAUUAUGAAGUAAGUUUAAAGUCUUUUUAAUAAAUAUAAUGCCUACCCUAAUGAUAGAGAAUUAACCAUUUUAACAAAUUAAUUGUAAAUUUUAUAAAUUUGA